AGCUGCAGAGGUUGCUGCCUUUAACGUAAUCCUGCAUGUAAAUGUCAGCCAAUGGAGUGUGUCGUUGAGUUGGGCUGGGAUUAGCAGGAGGCGAAUGAGUUUCAAUUUUACUGGAUUACAGAACAAAGAGCGAGUGGGGGAAAGGGACACCCUGGCUCGGGUUAAAGCGAGAAAAGAAGAGCGAGAAGGAGAAGACUGCUUCUUUUCCAACACGGCGAUGAUCGGGAUUAUGUGUUUUGUGGCGCGUCGUCGUGGAUGUGCGAGUCUUUUGUGAUGGAUUAAAGAGAACAACAUAUUCCCGGAUUGACAGCAACGAGGCUAUUUAAUCGCUAAUUACGAGGCAUGGCUCAGAUGAGGAAGCUGCCAUGUGAAGGUGUCAGGACAAUCUCCCGAUGUGAGCCCCAGGCUCCUCUGGUGUCGGCCAGGCAGGAGAUCCUCACCAGCCUGGUGUCUGCCCUCGACUCUGUGUGCAUGGCCAUGUCCAAGCUGAACGCCGAGGUGGCGUGCGUCACCGUGCACGAAGACAGCGUGAUUGCCGUCGGCACGGAGAGGGGCCGAAUUUUCCUGAACUCCAGGAGAGAGAUCCAGACGGACUUCUACAAGUUUUGCCGGGCGCCAAGCCUGCCAAACGUGACCACGCCCGCCAACGCCAAUACCAAAGAUCAGGAAGUUGAUCUGAGCAAAGCCAGCAAGGACGCGGAGCACGGGAAAGCCAGAGUACCUCCGGAUGCCCCGUCCAACGUCUUUGUUAUGAGGAAGAUGGUGGAGGAAGUCUUCACUGUGCUCUACAGCGAAGCCGUGGGAAAGAGCUCCCUGAUCCCCGUGCCUUAUGAGUGGAUCCAGAAGGAUCCCAGCUGCCUUGUUGUUAAUGGUCUACCGGAGGGAAUCUCCUUGAAAAAACCCUCCGAGUACGACACCAAGACCUUGAUGAAGAUUCUGGAACAAAGCCACCGCAUUCACUUCACCGUCAAAAGGCCAACGGAUGACUUGUCUCGAGAAACCAAGUCCACAAACGCAGAAAGUAACCACAACUCUUCCGGCGACAGCAUGUCGACGGUGAAGACUACUGGCCAGGUAGUCACACCAUCAAGUCCUGCCACUUCCGCCAACUCUGUUCUCUCAAACUUCCUGUACGGCAUGCCCAUGUCCUCCAAACCCCACCCAGAUGGCAAGCUGGACUUCAAGCCCACGUCCCUCCUUGGCCUGGGCAAGGACCGCCUGGCCCACUGGAUAGACAAGAACACAUGUGGGAAAGAUACCGCUAGCAAUGAUGACUCAACAAGGCUACCUGGUGAACAGGGUCAGACCCCUGCGAGUGUCCACAUAUCCAAGAGGCUACUCUUCUCCAUAGUGCAUGAAAAAUCAGAAAAAUGGGACUCGUUCAUCCGGGAAACGGAAGAUAUUAACACGCUAAGGGAAUGUGUCCAGAUCUUGUUCAACAGCAGAUACGCCGAGGCCCUGGGUCUCGAUCACAUGGUGCCUGUCCCGUACCGCAAGAUAGCCUGCGACCCCGGCGCCGUGGAGAUCAUCGGCAUUCCCGACCAGAUCCCUUUCAAGAGACCCUGCACUUACGGCGUCCCCAAGCUCAAGCGCAUCUUGGACGAACGCCACGGAAUCCGCUUUGUAGUGAAACGGAUGUUUGAUGAAAGGAUUUUCACAGCUGCCGGCAAAAUGGCGAGGGAGGAUGGCAAGCACGACUUGGGAUUGGCACAGGAAGAUGGUUUACCAGAGAAUCUAAGCCUGCCGCCCGCCACCGCCUCAACGGAGCUGGUCGGCAAUCCUCACAGCAGCCGGUCAACGAGUGCAUGUGUGAGUCCUCUUGCAGACUGCGAAGCAGGUCCUUCCGGAGAUUGCAUACCUCCGAAGAGGAUUAAAACAGAGCCUCCGGAUGGAGAGAUCAUCCAAAUUACAGUGCCAACAGAUACUGGUACAAGUAUGGAGGAGCCUAGUGAGCCUGUGUCCUCACCCUCUGCCGCCUCAUGUCCGCCCUCGGCCUCGCCGUCUGCUGCCCCCCAACAGCCGGCUGAGAACCACGCAGCUGAAACUUUGUCUACGAAUGCCAAACCCCCGAACAUCCGGAGACCGACUGAAGCUGGUAACCUGGUGGAGGACAUUAGUGAAAUGAUUCUUCAGCUGCGCAGACAAGUGGAGAACUUGUUCAGCAUCAAAUAUGCUGAAGCUUUGGGCCUCCCUGAAGCGACCAAGGUGCCCUACUCCAAGUUCCAGAUGUACCCUGAGGAUCUGUUCGUCACCGGGCUGCCUGAGGGGAUCUCACUGCGAAGGCCCAACUGCUUCGGGGCGGCCAAGUUGCGCAAGAUACUGGCCGCCGGCAGUCAUAUCCAGUUUGUCAUCAAAAAGCCUAAGCUGCUGAGCGAGCAAGUCAAACAAGAGAUGCCUUCUGUCGCCGUCUGUGACGCCAAAAGUUUAGAGCUGGACGCAGUCAAAGACGUGACACCACUAACGGACGACACCUCAGCUUUGUCCAAAAGACCUGCUUUCUCAGACUGCCUGGAGUCCAAGUUGUCCAGGAUUGACUUGGCCAACACACUGCGGGAGCAAGUUCAGGAGCUGUUCAACAGGAAGUACGGCGAGGCACUAGGCAUCAAGUACCCGGUGCAAGUGCCUUACAAAAGGAUCAAGAACAACCCGGACUCUGUCAUCAUCGAGGGACUCCCACCGGGGAUCCCCUUCAGGAAGCCCUGCACCUUUGGCUCCCAGAACCUGGAACGUAUCCUGGCAGUCGCCGACAAGAUUAACUUCACCAUCACCAGACCUUUCCAAGGCCUCAUUCCAAAACCUGCACCUCGCAGAGUCACUUUACUCAAGAAGGCGUACGCUUCCAUAAGCGACGACGACGACGUCAACCGACUCGGAGAGAAGGUUGUCCUCAGAGAGCAGGUCAAGGAGUUGUUCAACAAGAAAUACGGCGAGGCUCUGGGCCUGGACCGUUCUGUGGUGGUGCCGUACAAACUCAUCCGCGGCAGCCCCGAGUCCGUGGAAGUGGACGGUCUCCCGGACGACGUCCCUUUUCGCAACCCCAACACCUACGAUGUGGUGUGCCUGGAGAAGAUCCUGCAGGCCGCCGAGAAGAUCACGUUUGGCGUCAAGACGCAAUUACACCCUUUUGCAGAACGCUGCGGCCAGUCUUGCAACACGGCAGCAGCAGCAGGCGACGCCUCCACCAGUCGACGGAAGCGCAAACGAGUCCAGGAGAGCCAUCGAGUGCCCGCCUCCUCCGAGCUGGCACCGUCAACCAAUCAGAUUCCAGUAAUGCAGUGGCCAAUGUACAUGGUGGACUACAGCGGCGUCAACAUGCAGGUUCCCGGCAAAGUCAAUUACUGAAGUCCCCCGAUUUAACGUCGGGCCUAAAAGAUGGACCCCCGUCACUGCGUCGAGAACAAUCUCCAGGUGGACAUUUUGGUGGCGAAGGUUUGUGAAAAGGCGUCCGAUUGUAUUGCAAAGACGGUAAUCUUUUUUUUUUUUUUUUUUGUCUAACUUAGCUGAAGCGUUAAACUACGGCCCGCAAAAAAAUGUAUUACUGACACAGUUACAUCCGUCAUAUUCAAAUGUUUGUACUUUUUAUUUAUUAUAUUUAUUGAACUAUAACAUUAUGUGCAGGGAUGUAUAAAAAAAAGUAAUCUGUGGAAGACGACAACACUACCGCUUGCUGCUAGGGGGCGCCUGCGAGUCACACAUGCAGUGGAUAUAGAAAGUCAGCAUUUUUAUUUUUUUUU